UCGAAAGAGAGCCAGAAGUCGGUGAGUCUGCUGUUAGUUCACUAAAUGUUAUCCUUACAUUGAAUUACUUUACAUAAAUAUACGGCUGUGUUUCCUUACGACCGCCGACAACGACCGUAUCACGGAAUGGGCAGAAAUUACCUGUGACGUAGUGGGUAAUAACAGGCCAGGCUAGCGGAGAGGUCAACCCGCAGAGUGAGGCUCUGGGCUGGGAGCGCCCCCCUACGGUCCAGGAUGUGGGAGGACGCGCGGACCUCCUUCCACUCCCAGCUGGGCUCGGUGAUGGAGUCCCUCCUGGCCGCGGCCGUGUGCCAGAUCAGCCGCAUCUUCGAGGGCAGCCUCUCGGACUCGCGCGCGGAGGUGCAGCGGGCCAGGGAGGAAGUGGCGCUGCUGAACAGGAAGCUGGAGACGCUGGAGGGCCGGCUGAAGGAGGCCAGCUCCACCAGAGAUGCCGUGACCUUUGACCCCGGCAGCUUCGCUCAGGAGCAAUGUCCCGGGCUUGGGAAGACUGCAUGUCUGUCGGAGGGUCCUGAGCCCGGGUCCCUGGAGACGGGCAGCCAGGUGAAGGCUGAGCUGCAGGUGGAGGAGCUGGAGCCCACCAGCCUCACCCAGGACUGUGCAGAGAUGGAACGGGUACGAGUCAAAGAGGAGUGUGCAGGGGAGAAUCCUGCUCCCUGGCCUGUUGAGGAGGAGGAGGAGGAGGAGGAGGAGGGGGGCACAGGAGUGGCCUCAUACUUGUGCACGGACCCCAGGCUGGAAGCUGUGGCGGACGGCUCCGUGAGAUGGGCGGGACUACCGGAGGGGGCGUGUCCGAGCCCGAUGCUCACUCAGAAGUGUGAGAAAGGGGAGGGGCCGUCGGAGUGUGUGCCACACCAGCCCCGCCCCUCCCGACCAGAAGGCGUGGCUAAGCGACAUGGCGACAUGGAGGGAGGGGCCAGGACAGGGCUAAGCCCUGCCCCCGACCACACCCCCAGAAAUACACACACCCACAGACCUCCCACAGACCACAGACCUCCCACAGACCACACCCACAGACCUCCCACAGACCACACCCACAGACCUCCCACAGACCACGCCCACAGACUCUCCCCCGACUGUGCCCUUUCCCCCCGGCUGCCCUGGCACAGGCCCCCCCAGACACACGCCCUUCCUGGGGGGCAGGGGCAGGGGGGGGCUCCCCAGGGCAGGUUUCAGAGAUCUGCGUACGGAGCGGUGCUCAGCAGUCACCUGCCCCGGAGGCCCAGCCCCUGCCCCGCGGCCGCGGUGCGGGUGAAACCGCCACUGAGCGCCCUGCCCGCCAGGGAGAGACCGUACGGCUGCGCGUUCUGCGGCAAGGCUUUCUUCUACCCCUCCCAGCAGCGGAGACACCUGCUGCGCCACACGGGGGAGAGGCGCUACCCCUGCGCUCAGUGCGAGAAGAGCUUCGUCACGCCCAGCGAGCGCAGCGUGCACGUGCGCGUGCACACCGGGGAGAAACCCUACUGCUGCGCGCUCUGCGGCAAGAGGUUCAACCGCACGGGAAACCUGCGGGCGCACGAGCGCGACGUGCACCAGGGAAAGAGACCCUACAGCUGCGCAGAGUGCGGAAAAACCUUCGCCCAGAAGGGAAACCUGCGGACGCACCAGCAACGGGUGCACCAGGCCACCAGGCCCUGAGAGAGAGGGGUCACCUUACUGAGAGAGGGGUCACCUUACUGAGAGAGAGGGGUCACUUUACUGAGAGAGAGGGUCACUUUACUGAGAGAGGUGUUCACUUUACUGAGAGAGGGGUUCACUUUACUGAGAGAGAGGGGUCACUUUACUGAGAGAGGGGUCACUUUACUGAGAGAGAGGGGUCACUUUACUGAGAGAGAGGGGUCACUUUACUGAGUACUGAGAGAGGGGUUCACUUUACUGAGAGAGGGGUUCACUUUACUGAGAGAGAGGGGUUCACUUUACUGAGAGAGAGGGGUUCACUUUACUGAGAGAGGGGUUCACUUUACUGAGAGAGGGGUUCACUUUACUGAGAGAGAGGGGUUCACUUUACUGAGAGAGGGGUUCACUUUACUGAGAGAGGGGUUCACUUUAUUGAGUCUUUGUGUGCAAUACAGAGACUGUGACCUCUCCGGCUGAGUGGCAGAAUAGAGUUACCCUCCAAAGGUCAUUUGAAAAUCGACAACUCUAAAGACGGCAUUGUUGAUAGAUUUGGUUUGUCAAUAAAAUGUAUGGACAUUGUGCUUUCUCAAAA